AGAGUUUCAACCAACUUAGAGAGCUCUCCUCUCCAGACCUCUCCCUUCUCUCCACCAGGAGUUUAGGGUUAGAGAGAGCGAGACGAGCAAAAACAAUCUCUCGCCCCACUGUUAUACCAAGUUCGCAUCCACCUCACUGUUAUACAUCUUUGUAUCACAAUGGGUGGCCUAUCCAUGGAGCACCCUUGGGCAUUCGCCUUCGGCCUACUAGGCAACGUGAUCUCUUUCUCGAGCCUCCUGGCCCCGAUACCAACAUUCUACCGGAUCUUCAAGAGCAAAUCCACGGAGGGGUUCCAGUCGGUGCCCUACGUCGUGGCCCUGUUCAGCGCGAUGCUGUGGAUAUUCUACGCACUGGUCAAGACCGGUGAGGGCCUCCUCAUCAGCAUCAACGCUGCCGGCUGCGUCAUCGAGACCGUCUACAUCGUCAUGUACCUCGUCUACGCCCCCAGGAAGGCCAAGAUUUUCACAGCCAAGAUCGUCGUUCUCCUCAACAUCGCCGGCUUCGGGCUCAUCUUCCUCCUCACCCUCUUCGCCUUCCACGGCGAGACACGCGUCGUCUCGCUUGGCUGGAUCUGCGUCGGCUUCUCCGUCUGCGUCUUCGUUGCCCCACUCAGCAUCAUUGGACGAGUCAUCAAGACCAAGAGUGUGGAGUACAUGCCCUUCUCCCUCUCCCUCACGCUCACCCUCAGCGCCGUUGUCUGGUUCCUCUACGGCCUGCUCAUCAAGGACAAAUACGUGGCGCUCCCAAACAUCCUUGGCUUCACCUUCGGGAUGAUCCAAAUGGUCCUCUACAUGUUCUACAUGAACGCGACGCCGGUGGUGAGCGAUCUGAAGGAGGGGAAAGAGGGGUUGAAGAUGCCGGCGGAGGAGCAGGUGGUGGUGAUCAACGUUGGCAUGAUCGAAAAGAGCUCUGGCGCUGUGGUUCGCCCGGUCACCGAGAUGGUCAAAGCCGUCCCGGCGGCGCCGGGGCAACAAGUGAUGGCGCUGGACUCUGCCCGCUCUUUCGAUGUGGUGUAAAUUCACGCAUGCAGGCUUGCCUCAUGCAUGAGUUCGUGCAAGCUUUAAUUUCGUGCAGCUUUUUUGGAGGGUCACGCCUGCAGGGCAUGCAUGAUGCUUCUUUUCUGUUAGAUCAACAUGUUGAUUGUAUGAGGCAUAAGCUAUUUAAUAGCUGCUACCGCUGCUUUCACCAACCGUAAAAAAAAAACAUUGCUUUCACCGCGUCCUUGAUAAUUAGAGGUUAUUGCAAUC